GAGGAGGAGGAUGGAAGCUGAGCUGCAUUCAUAAAGUAAAUCGAGAAAAGACUUAUCUGAAAGUUUGUUCUCAGGAAAGAGGAGGAGAUGAGGCGGAUGAUCUCUGUUCAAACGGACAUGAGUGAGUUUUGGAGGAUUUCUCUGUGCUGUCACUCAUUCUUCUACCUGUGCCGGCUGGAGAGGUGCAGAGCUUCGGAUGUAGCCGUGAUGUCUCAGAGGAUCCUGGGCUGACAUACUGUGUGUGUGUGUGUGUGUGGAGAGGGACUGGCCACAGAGGACGGACUGACAGACUGACCUGGAUACGAGCUAAAGCAGAGCCAAAGCAGCCAAUGUGGAGCUUUUGGGAGGAGGUGGAUCCUGAGCGCUAAUACUGGAUCCAAAUCAGUCCCACAGAGGGUUCCUGCGCUGACAGGCCCUGGAUGGUGAUGACUGUGGCAGGUCCAGGAGGUGAUGUGGUUGUUCUGGGCGGGUUAAACUCAGGUUCUCAUUAAUUCAUCAACGCGGGCUGUCACUGUGUCAGUGUGACAGGGCCGGAGCUGGAGGAGGAGGAGGAGGAGGAGGACACGUCAGGGAGGGAUUCACUAGCUGGAAAAACAGAAAUGAGCAGGCUCCCGAGCUCGUGGUGCCAUGGUGCCUUUUAACUCCGCCGUAUUUCGCUGCUCCUCUUCUUCUUCCCCGUCGACUUUCUGUUUUUGGAGCUGAGGAUGUGGAAGUUCAAAGCUUUCUGCCUCGAUUACUGGCACGUGCUGUGUUUGCACCCGCACAACAACUUCUACAAGAGUGUCGAAGGGGAUGGACGGUCCAAUGACGGUGGCCAUUCCCUGGACAGCGGAGCCAGCUAUGGUCAGGGUCCGGUGACUCACGGCUCGGCCAUCAGCCCCGACCGAUUCGACAGUCCUCUCUACAGCCACGGGGUCCAGCCCGGGCCUCAGAGGCCCCGGCGGCCCAAGCUCCAGCACUCGCAGUCCAUCCUCCGGAAGCAGGCUGAGGAGGAGGCCAUCAAACGGUCGCGCUCGCUCUCUGAGAGCUAUGAGCUCUCUGCUGACCUUCAGGACAAACAGGUGGAGAUGCUGGAGCGCAAAUAUGGCGGACGAUUCAUAACUCGGCAUGCAGCGCGCACCAUCCAGACAGCCUUCCGCCAGUAUCAGAUGAACAAGAACUUUGAACGUCUCCGGAGCUCCAUGUCUGAGAACCGCAUGUCCAGGCGCAUCGUUCUGUCCAACAUGAGGAUGCAGCUGUCGUUUGAAGGCCCGGAGAAAGUGCACAGCUCCUACUUUGAAGGGCGGCAGGUGUCCAUGACAGAGGACGGCUCCCCGCUGUCCAUGGUGCAGUCCGGGUGCGGCGAUAUCGAGGUCCACCAACAGGCCAACAUGGCGGCUCACCCGCCUCCGCAGGGCGACCUGACCGACACCAUCACGGAGCUGGAGGACGCCUUCUCCCGGCAGGUCAAGUCUCUGGCGGAGUCGAUAGAUGACGCGCUGAACUGUCGCAGCCUUCAGGGGGACGAAGGCCCCGACCCGGACAGCAUGGGCUGCUCCGAGGUGGAGAGGGUGAUUCCCUAUCAGGUGAAGGCCCACCGCAGGGGAGCUGGACGCAUGCACGAUGAAACAAUGGCGUCAUAUAGCGAUGUUACUCUGUUCAUAGAUGAGGAGGACAUGUCCCCCUCUCUUGCUCUGUCCAGGUCGGGGGAGCAGCCUUCCAGCACAGAAUCAGACUUGCGAUUGCGGUCAGUCAACUCCUCCCAGGAUUACUGGCCUCUUGACCCUAAGGAUGAGGGUCGUGACACUGACACAAGCUGCCGCAGCACUCCCUCCCUGGAGUGCCAAGAGCAGCGUCUUAGAAUGGACCAUCUUCCCUUGCUGACCAUUGAACCUCCUAGUGACAGCUCUGUGGAGCUCAGCGACCGCUCUGACCGCGGCUCUGUCAAGCGGCCGCCUGUGUACGAGCCGCCGCACGGCCACAUUGUUACAUCGUCCCAAGCGAGCCCCAAACACAUUUCCCACGGCCCCCCGCCGCGGGCGCCGUCCCGCGACGACGACGCACCUCUGCGCCACCGGCACCGCCAGCUGGAGAGCCACCUGGCCAUUAACGGCUCGGCUAACCGGCAGAGCAAGUCUGAGUCCGACUUCUCCGACGGGGACAACGACAGCAUCAACAGCACGUCCAACUCCAACGACACCAUCAACUGCAGCUCCGAGUCGUCGUCGCGGGACAGCCUGCGGGAGCAGACGCUCAGCAAGCAGACGUACCACAAGGAGACUCGCAACAGCUGGGACUCGCCCAUCUUCAGCAACGACGUCAUUCGCAAGAGACACUACCGCAUCGGCCUGAACCUCUUCAACAAGAAGCCAGAAAAAGGCAUCCAGUACCUGACUGAGAGAGGAUUCAUCCCCGACACACCAGUGGGUGUGGCUCACUUCCUGCUGCAGAGGAAGGGCCUGAGCAGGCAGAUGAUUGGAGAAUUUCUGGGGAAUCGACAAAAACAGUUCAACAGAGAUGUUCUAGACUGUGUGGUUGAUGAAAUGGACUUCCAGAGCAUGGAGCUGGACGAGGCCCUCAGGAAAUUUCAGAACCACAUCCGUGUCCAGGGCGAAGCCCAGAAGGUGGAGCGACUCAUCGAAGCUUUCAGCCAGCGUUACUGCAUCUGCAACCCCACAGUUGUGCGUCAGUUCCGGAACCCUGACACCAUCUUCAUCCUGGCGUUUGCCAUCAUCCUCCUCAACACCGACAUGUACAGUCCCAACGUCAAGCCUGAGAGGAAGAUGAAGCUGGAGGACUUCAUCAAGAAUUUAAGAGGUGUGGACGAUGGUGAGGACAUACCCAGGGAGACUCUGGUUGGCAUCUAUGAGAGGAUCCGUAAGCGAGAGCUGAAGACCAAUGAAGACCAUGUCUCCCAGGUGCAGAAGGUGGAGAAGCUGAUUGUGGGAAAGAAACCGAUUGGAUCGCUCCAUCACGGCCUGGGAUGUGUUCUGUCGCUUCCCCAUCGCCGACUGGUCUGUUACUGUCGUCUGUUUGAAGUGCCAGAUCCCAACAAGCUCCAGAAGUUGGGCCUGCACCAGCGGGAGAUCUUUCUGUUCAAUGACCUCUUAGUGGUAACCAAGAUCUUCCAGAAGAAGAAGAACUCGGUGACGUACAGCUUCAGGCAGUCGUUCUCUCUCUAUGGGAUGCAAGUCAUGCUGUUUGAAAAUCAGUAUUACCCAAAUGGAAUCCGGCUCACAUCAGCGAUACCAGGUGCAGACAUCAAAGUCCUCAUCAACUUUAACGCUCCCAAUCCCCAGGACCGCAAAAAGUUCACAGAUGACCUGCGAGAGUCCAUCGCCGAGGUCCAGGAAAUGGAGAAAUACAGAAUAGAGUCUGAGCUGGAGAAGCAGAAGGGGGUGGUGAGGCCCAGCAUGUCGCAGAGCUCCGGUCUGAAGAAGGAAGCUGGCAACGGCAGCAUGAACCGCGCCAGCCUGGACGACACCUACGCCAUGGGCGAGGGCCUGAAGAGGAGCGCCCUCAGCAGCUCGCUGCGAGACCUCUCCGAAGCAGGCAAGCGGGGGCGUCGCAGCAGUGCAGGAUCACUAGACAGCAAUAUGGAAGGGUCCAUCAUUAGCAGCCCGCACACGCGACGGAGGGCCACCACGCCACGUGAGGGCGCGCCCCGCGGCCAAGCCCCCGUCCCUAACUCCGCAUCGACUUCCAUCCUCGGGUCGCUCUUUGGCAGCAAGCGAGGCAAACCGCCCGCCCAGAGUCACCCGCCUUACCCGCAGGGCGGUCACCCGACCCUCAUAUCCCACAAGCCCCACCCAACCAACCUGCACCACACGGCGCAGGUGGUGCACACCCAGCUCCAAGGUCACCACCCGCAGUACUGCCAGGUCCCCCAGAACCCACCGCCGUACCACCACCACCACCACUACCACCCCCCGCCCCACACGCAGUACCACCAGCACCCGGCCUACGCCUCGCACGCACACCAACCGCACGCCCACCCGCAGCACAGCCACUACAGCCAGCAUUCCCACUCCCACUCCUCGCACUCCCAGCACGCGGCGACUCACCACCACAGUCAGCAGGCGGGUUCGGCUCCCGGCGGACCCAAACCCAAACACAGUGGCAUCAGCACCGUAGUGUGAUGCUCUCAAACAACCGAGAGGAGGGAACUCAGUGAAGGAAAGGGACAAUUGCUUACACCAAAGGGACUGACAGCAGAACUCUAUGGCCUGUCCACUGUGUUUUUACUGCUGCUGUGAUGGAAGCCGAUCACACGCGGUCACCUUUUUUUCACCUCCAGGUCCAACUAAUAUGCAGGAUGGAAACGGGACUCAAAUCAUCCACUAAGGGGCCUUUAAUAGUUUGCCUGAUGAUAGUGGGCUUGUGGGCUUGGCCCUAUCAGGGUCUUGUGUGUGUGUGUGUGUGGGGGGGUUGGAUUCUAUACAGGACGACGCUCUAUAUUUUAAACACACACCGCCGGGCCGUGGCUCCCCACUGCUUCACCCCCGCCCCUCCUCCCAAUGGCCUGUCUUUAAGUUCACAUAAUCAGGUGGGAAGGCGUGAGGAAGAAUGGCGUCAUUCCUUGUGCACAGAAGGCGACUUCUCGAUUCUUUGAUUUCCCUCCGUCAUGUGGACGCUGAUAGAAAACCUUGGGUACAAACAUCUCACGCCGACACGAGUCAAGGGGCAGGUGAACGAGCGAGGCGACCAUUUCAGUCAUAGUAGUUCUAGUGCUGUAUUUACUGUAGCUGACAGCUGUACGUGUUGUCUCCUAGCUCUCAUAAUUAAAUGUGCCAACUAUUAAUGCAUAAUCUAUUUAGUCCAGACUUCAUGUACAGUAUAUUGUGCGUAAAGUAAUUUGUAAGAUUAUACUUACAGUUAUUAUUAUUAUUAUUAUUAUUAUCAGCAAAAAUGAAUUUUAUCAGUAUUAUACUGACUCUGUGGUAACGGCAUGUAGACCUGAAAGGAUUGAACUCCCCUUCAGUCCGGCCUAGAAUUCAUUCUGGAUGAUUUGCCUUUUAAAAAUGGAUCAGAGGGAGGAGCCUCUGGACGGCAGCUGUUGCAUAUGUUUUCCCUGAAGCUGAUUGGUUUGUUUGAAUCUCGGUUUACUUUGCGCGCCGUGUCUGAGAACACACACACACGCGUGUGCGGGUUCAUGUUACAUGUCACGGAGGAAACCUUUUUUGCCUUUAUCAUAUACAACAGCUGCUCUCGACUCUUACGCUGGACUCACGCGUACGCGGCGGAGGUCUCUUGCGUCGCGUUCACCUUUCUCAGCGUCUGCAUGUGACAGAAGUCGAGAAACGUUCAACUGUCUGAUUGUCAGCCAGUCAAAACACCUUAUGCAAAUAACGCAGCCAGUCAUCCAUCGUCUACCGCUUUAUCCUCCACGUGAGGGUCGCGGGGGUCGCUGGUGCCAAUCUUAGCUGACACAGGUCUGCCAGUCCAUCACAGGGACAAACAACCAUCCACUCUCACACCCACAGUCAAUUUAGAGUGUCCGAUUUACCUAAACGCACACACGAGGAGAACCAUGCAAACUCCAUGCAGAAAGGCCCUUGUUUUCCAACCGGGUCGCGAACCCGAGUCUUCUGGAAAAGGUUGUUCCCCCCGUUUUCUGCUUUUAUAGAACAGAAGAACAUAGAAGUGCACCAACAAUGGCGUUCACUAACCCUCCGAAACAUCGUACGUGUGAAUCCAGCGUUAAAACCGACAUCAAAAAAGAGAAAUACUUUUUUUUUCUUUUCUUUUUUUUAAGAAAAAUCCUCUUUUGCCUUGUUUAUGUUUCUUUACUUCACCGACACACUUUGGUGAGUGGGAAAGACGUAAAAAAAAAAAUCAAUUCUUACAUAGUGAAGUAUUUUUUUUCAUCCUUUUUCUAUCACGUGUGCAAUAUCUUUGUACUGAUUUUCUACAUUUAAGAACGAGCGAGAGAGAGCAAGGUGUCCCCGCGUUUUCUUUUUCAUGUAAUAAUAAUUUAUUUAUUUUAGGGUUUUUUCCGCUGUUUUUUUGAAGCCCUGUCUUAAGAGUCUUUCGUUAAAAAAUGAGCGCGCGGCCUGUCCUCGCGGCCUGUCCUCGCCGCCUCGCGAGAGGGACAGACUCGGAGCUCGGUGGAAUGUCGAAGCAAAUUUCUUUUUUUCUUUUUUGCAUGUAAUGUUAUUGAUGUGAGGCUAUCCUCUGCACAUUGUAUAACAGAAUCAGUGUUACCAUGGCAAGUUAAAGUGCAAUCAUGUUCAGAAAAAUCCAGACUUGUACUGAAAGUGGAAGUAAGUCUGUCGUCUUGUCCAGGAUGAGAUUCAGGUGAAAAAAAAUAAAAUAUAUAUAUGUGUAUAUACAUAUAUAUAUAUACACACAUAUAUAUAUAUCUUUCUCUUUUUCUUUUUUUCAUUUAGGGAAUAUAUAAAUACUUAAAUACAAUAAACCAUGGAAAGAGGAAUGUGUGUAUAUAUUUUAAUAAUAAAAAAACAAAGAAACGCUUCUCCUAGGGCUGAGACAAAAAUAUUUUGCUGGAUAAGCACAUAAUGAAAGAAACACUUUCAAUUUUCUUCAGGAAAUGCAGUUAUAUAUAUAUAUUAUAAUAAUAAUAAUACUACGAUAAUGCAAACUGAACAAGAACUGGGUCUGUGUAAAGAUUUAACUUUCUACAUUCUACAAAUAAGAGUCUAUUCUAAGUGUGUAAAAUUAGUGGCAGUAAUCUGUUCGUCCCAGUAUUCAGGUUGUACAUGUAUUUUAACAUUCACGGAGGACAAAAAAAACAAAAAACAAACCUCAUCAUCGCCAUCAUACGUCAGGCUUUCAAUCUGCUCGGUGUGGAUUAACAAAGAGGGUUCACGAGAGCAGACAUAUCACAGUAACGCUCAGAUGAAUGUGUCUUUCUGUCCAUUCCACAUCUUUAGUUUCUUUUCUUUUUCUACCUUCCCGGAAUCUCGGGACAAUGUAAAAACCAAGGAGUCUGUUUAUGUCAUUUUUAUUUGUGUGUGUGUGUGUGCGCGUGCGCGUGUGUGUGUUGUAGUGCUUCCAACGUCUAUUUUUAGUACCCCAACAAUGCACUGCAUGGAUCUGAUGCAUCACGUAUCCUUUUCACUGUGAGCUGAUUGAAGAGGAAAAAAGAAAAAGAAAAAAAAAAUCAGCCUGUAAAUUUAGAUUUUUGUUUUGUUGUUGUUUUGUUUUUUUUGUUUUUUUGUCACUUCCUUGUUGUUGACGUGUCGUCCUUGUUGUUCCAUGUCAGGCUGGUCGUUGUCGUCGAAGCUCAGCAUGCAUUUCACCCACAGAAGCCAUCGUGUAAAUUACAAAAAAAAAACGUGGAGAGCGUUGCACUUCUUGUUGCUGAGGGCUUUCAUCGUGUAAAUACAGGACUUCGAUGUGUGAACUGAUCAAAAUGUGUGGAAGGAAGGAAGGAAGGAAGCUGUAAAGGGACCAAGGGGGGGGUUUUGAAGGAGCUGUACAUACUGUGUAUACGAUCAGCGCUCUCUAUUCUGAUAUCAGCAGUCAACAUCAGGAUGUAUAUACGUCGCCUCAUAGAUGGACGUGUGAACAUAUCGAUUGUCUCAGCCUCCGGCUGUCAUGAACUGACAUUUGUUGUAGAAUAAAAAACAAAAAAAACACAAGACUGUUAGAAAGUCCGCUGCCAUUCACACUCACCUCUGUUUUCACACAUGCAAAAAAAACCCACACACACAUACUGUACACGCAGUGAAACGUACACACACACGCACACACACAUCCUGCUGCGAGCUGUUCAGUGUGGCGUGAGACACAUUUUUAAAAACAAAAAGGAGAAAGUCAAGAAUGGCCUCAUUUAUAUGUGCAUUCUGUUUGUACAGUGAGUAGUGAGUCAGUAAAGACCCCAGUUAUUGUAAAACUUCAACUGUGACAAUGUUGAGAACGCAAAAUAAACAAAUAUAUGACUUAUGGUA